CAUCCCUAAAAAACUAUACAACAAAUCAUUUAGUACAAUAUACAAUAAAUAAUUUAAUAAACUAUUUCACUUUAUAUAAUAUUUGAUAAAAUAUAAUUUAUUGUUUAUUUAAAUAUUACACAACUAUAUAAAUCCCGCUGAAACCAUUUGAGCAUUUCCUUACCACUUACGCUCUUAUUCUCCUCCUCCGGCACACUCCAAACUUCCUAUUGUCUGAAGAAAUCUCUGACGUGAAGUUUUACUAUUAUUGCGUGAUUUACCAUUUUGCUAGAAUAUAGAUUUCUGAUUCUUGAUUCAUUCUCAAGAAACUGUGAGUAUGGACAACGAGCUGUUUAUGAACACAGAGCUUCACCCACCGCCCGAGAUGGCGAUGCAUUUCGAACAACCGUCUUGUUCAUCGCCGAUGCUUAACUGGCCAUUAAUGAACCCGAACCUCUCUCAAUAUUCGCCUCCGCAGGAUUGCUUCACGUGGGAAAAGUCAACGGAGCAACAACAAAAACAGAGCAUCUUCGACUCUGCUUUGAGCUCUCUAGUCUCCUCCCCGACGCCGUCGAACUCAAACUUCUCCGGCGGAGUCGGAGGCGGUGACGGCUUCGUUAUCAGAGAACUCAUCGGGAAGCUUGGUAACAGCUCCACGACUCCGAACAGAACGACGCCGUUGACGGAAUUCUCAGGUGAUCCGGGGUUCGCGGAGAGGGCAGCGAGAUUCUCUUGCUUCGGUAGCAGGAGUUUCAACGGAAGAACUAACUCAAGUCUCCCCGUUAACAACAGCAAGAUCAUCAACUCCGGGAAGCUGACACGUGUCGUCAGCACACCAGCUCUUCACGGUCUUGUUUCUCCGAUGGCUCCCGCCGGAGAAUUUUCCCGGAAGAGAAAACAUUUGACGAAAGUUAAAUCCAAGGAAACCCCACUUCCCACUGCUUCACCCGCACCCAGUUUCUCAAAGACGGCGGAGGAAAAAGGAGGGAAAAGGAGAAGACGAGAAGACGAAAAAGAAGAUAACACAAAAGGACCUGAGCCUCCUAAAGAUUACAUCCAUGUUCGUGCUCGACGAGGCCAAGCCACUGACAGUCACAGUCUCGCCGAAAGGGUACGGAGGGAGAAGAUUGGCGAAAGGAUGAAGCUGCUUGAAAACCUUGUUCCUGGCUGCAAUAAGGUUACUGGAAAGGCAUUGAUGCUGGAUGAAAUUAUAAACUAUGUACAAUCAUUGCAAAGACAAGUUGAGUUCUUGUCAAUGAAGUUAUCAUCUGUGAACGACACCAGGCUGGAUUUUAACGUGGACGCUCUUGUGUCAAAGGAUGUGAUGAUUCCAUCAAGUAGCAACCGGUUGCAUGAAGCAGGACUCCAAGCAGAGUCUUUAAGUCAUCAUAGUUACGAUAAUAGUUCACAAUUGCACACUAAUGUUUCUUCCAGUAACAUGAUGCUUCAAUCUCCUGUGAACUCACUGGAAACAUCUACCUUAGCCAGCAGCUUCACCCACUUACCAACACUUACCCAAUUCACUGACUCAAUAUCUCAGUAUCAAAUGUUUAGCCAAGAAGAUUUACAGAGCAUUGUAGGGAUGGGAGUGGCACAUAAUCCCAACCAUGAAUCUCAAAACAUGAAAAUUGAGCUUUGAUCAACCACCUUUAUUUUCAAGGUCUCAAGCAAGGAAAAAAGAAAAAAGAUUGAUGGGCGAAUAUAACCACGCCAAUCUCUGUGAUUUAUUCCUGUACUCAUCACUAUACAUAUACACACAUUUAUGAAAGUAACCUACUUAUGUCAUUUUACAAUUUAUCAUUAGGGUUCAAUUGUAUUGUUAUCUUUGGAUUCCGUUUGCUUUUCUGAUGUGAUGUUAUUGUAGGUUCAUAACCUCCACUACAAUCCAUGAUACUUAAUUUACAGCAAAUUAGGCUAAACAAAAAAUAUUUUUUUAUUUGUAUCUACUAGAGUAAGUGAUAGGCGAUACUAACCCUAACUUGGAUCCUACGCAAACCUACUACUCCACAUGAUUUUAUUUGGUAUAUUGAAAUCAGGUGUUCAUUUAUUUUGUCGAAUCAAAUGAUGUAGUUAGUGCAAUCUUAUCUUAAUCAUUUUACAUGAUACAAUUUACGACAAAAACUUUCAGAAAAAUAUCAUGAAACAAAAAGUAACCUUUGCAUGAUUAAUCAAAAUCGUAAUGAUGGUCUGAUAAUCUUAUCUCUAGAUUGAUUAAUCAACCACCUACAUCUUGAAUUUCAGAAAAUGGUGUUUAAUAUUUUGAGUAUCAUACAAUCUUGCCUUGUAAGUUGAUGUCAUUUCAACCAAACGUGGUUCGUUUAUAAGAACACUAAUAAUCUUGAGUUUAUUAUUAUUUUUUUUUAAACACUUUCAUUCAUAAUCAGGGAUGGACCCGUAUACAAAAGGAGUAAUUAGAAGGAGCAUCUAAACAAACCAAAUUGACAAGCCAUAUUAAAGGAAUUUUACGCAAAAAACUUCUUAAGCCAGCCAGGGAACCCUGAUGCAAUGUAGGAUUGGAACAGAUCUUCCUUUAUGACACUAAUCUUGAGUUUAUUUAUAGUAGCACAAAACGAUUAAGUAAAAUGAUUAAUGUAAUAAAAACAAUGAUAAUUAUAAUUGUUCCAGGAUAUUAUUUUAAGUGUGAAAGGGAAUUAAAAAUUUAGCGAUCACAUGGCUAUGGACGAUCUGAUUCAUGGUCUUGGCUAACAGAAUAAUGAUAAAUGGAUUAAUCACCAACUACAUUGAAGUUCAUAAUUGAAAGUUGAUAAUUAAAAUCUUUGUAAACCUUUUUGCUUGUACAUAUAAAAUACGGAUUGGAUUAUUGAGCAUAUGAGUAAGUAGGGUGAAUUAAUUGUUUUAGUUUACUAGUACUCUAAUCUUUUUGUGUGCUAACUAACUAGUACUUUAAUCUUUUCUAUUUAGAAAGCAAAGAAAAAAAGAAGAAGAUGCAUUGAAUGUGGGUGGUCUAUAUUUUAUAUACAUUUUACUAUUGAAGAGUAGUUGCAUCUCACUCGGAAAUUUUAACGAUAUUAAAAUUUUUAAGAGUAGUGACAAUCUUCAUGCAUGUGACAUGCUUUUCUAUCACUAAGAUGUUACAUAGUGGCUCAUCACUUAGUGUAACGUUGAACAAAGGCCUUUUUUGUUUUGGAAUAUUUUACAAAGCUAUAAUCAUGGUCCUUUCCUUUUAAUAAUACAUUAUAGCGUACUUAUAAAUUUUCUUAAGAUUUAUUGGAAGAUUUUCUAUAGCUUUGGUGACCAAACAAUAUCUUGAAAAUAAAACGUCUCGUUGAAAUGUUUGGUUAGAUACAAUACGUUUGAUAGUCAACAACCAAUCACCAUAAAACUAGGUCCAAACCAUCAUCAAACUAUCACAUACAUAUAAUCGCAAGAUAUAUAAAUACAUAAGAGCUUCACUAGUCGUUUUAAAAAAAAAUUCAAAGUGCACUAAGAGCACAAUACUUACUGGAACCAUAUACUGUGCCAUGGCACUUCCUUAAUUGUUAUCUUACAAUGAAUAUCAAACCAGUGGACCCGUUUCAUUUACAUUGCUGUAUUUAUGUCUUUAGGUUCAAGGGUCUUUAGAUACAUAGAGAUUCUGGGAUAAAUAUAAAAGACAAGCCUUGCAUUGUUUUGAACUGUAAUGUCACUACAAGGUCUGUUUUAUUAUAAGAGCAUCCUCAUAUAAAACAGUCACACACACCAAGGUUCUUUACAAAUGAUGUAAACAGAAAACUGUAAUUACUUAUUUGGUCCAAUGUGAUUCUCCAAAGUGAUUUAGACUCAUGCCUUGGCAAUGGCGUCAAUACGGUAUUGAUAGCUUUGUGCUUCCUUUUCAGUACAAACAAGAAUAAUUAUCAGUUCAACAAAGGUCUUUACACGUUUUUUUACACAUCAACUAUUCUUUUAAAACUACUUUCUGUGCUUAUUUGAAAGUAUUUGGCGCCUAAUUUCCGUUGUUCGUUUUUUUGUCUAUAACUAACACCAAAAGCCAAACCGAAAUGAAGUCGUUAACAUUUAAGUAAUACUAACAACUUAUAAGGAAGAAACCAAACUAAACCAUCCAAAGAAAAAAACACC